AAACGAUCGAUAAUUCGAUACCGCUUCAGAAGACGGGGCGUGCGGGACGUGUGUUAACAAGUUGUUCUUAUUUGUUAUUUGAAUACUUGCGUUGCGUUCAGAAUGUUGUAAUUUAAAAUUUAUUCCUGUAUAAGUAAUAAUAUUUCUCUUAUGAUGGCUGUUUUUAAAUCACUUUGUUUUGUUCUCUUCGUUACUGCAUCUGCUGAAUUUGUUUGGAAGCAUCAUAAUAACGAAGAGUUAUCUUUAAUUUUGGACGAAGUUCAUGAAAAGUGCCCUAAUAUUACGAGGGUAUACACCUUAACGGAGCCAUCAGUGAGGAAUGUGCCUCUAUAUGUAAUAGAAUUCGCCGAUAGUCCUGGAUUCCAUCAACCUUAUAAACCCGAAGUAAAAUAUGUAGGAAACAUACACGGCAAUGAAGUGCUUGGCCGAGAAUUAUUAUUGGGUCUUGCUAAUUACCUUUGUGAUCAGUAUAAUAAACGAGACCGUCAUAUUAGAACCCUAAUUCAUAACACGCGCAUACAUUUACUACCUUCUAUGAAUCCUGAUGGCUGGCAGUUGUCCACAGACACAGGAGGUCAAGAUUAUCUCAUCGGGCGAAAUAACAAUCACUCAGUCGAUUUAAAUAGAAACUUUCCAGAUCUUGAUGCAAUUACAUUUGAAUUUGAGCGCCAGGGUAUAAGUCACAAUAACCACUUACUGAAAGAUUUAACUCGUCUUGCUGCUCCGUUGGAACCAGAAACAAGAUCAGUAAUGCGAUGGAUCAUGUCCGUGCCAUUUGUGUUGAGUGCAGCAAUGCAUGGUGGGGAUUUGGUGGCUAAUUAUCCUUAUGACGAGAGUAGGAGUGGUGCUCCUGUAUCUGAAUACUCAGCGAGUCCUGAUGACGAUACCUUUAGGGAGCUGGCGAUGACGUAUGCGGACGCGCACGCCGACAUGUCGUCGCGCAGCCGCCCGGGCUGCCACGCCGGGCCCGACGACGCCGGCGCGUACAACUUCGGCAAGCAGGGCGGCGUCACCAACGGAGCCGCCUGGUACAGCCUCAAAGGAGGAAUGCAAGAUUUCAAUUACUUGGCGACUAAUGCGUUUGAAAUAACCCUCGAGCUCGGUUGUCAGAAGUACACUCCCGAGAAGGAAUUGGAGAAGGAAUGGAUUCGCAAUAAGGAUGCGUUGCUCGCUUUCAUAUGGAAGGCUCACUCCGGUGUGAAGGGCAUUGUGAGCGAUGACUCCGGUUUCAUACAGAACGCUGUUAUAUCCGUCGUCAACAUCACUGGACCCGUCCCUCGACCCAUUCGACACGAUAUUACCACUGGCGCGUACGGAGACUACUACCGGCUCCUGACUCCCGGACAUUACGAAGUUACUGCAAAUCACCCCGGCUACUUUCCAGUUUCCCGCAUCGUCACUGUUCCGAAACAUCAGACAUCCGCCAGAGUCGUCAACUUCAGACUUGAGCCCACGACGAGCUGGUUCGACGACUACAGCUCGUUCGGCCUGUACCCGCACGGGCUGCGCGACGGACAGCCGCGCAUCUACAAGCGAGACCUCUACCGACAGCUCACCGACGCACUGCUCGACCACCGGGACUCCCACUAGGACGCCACCCUCAGCUCCCACAGGGCCGGAUUUAGGGGAGGGCAUUGGGGCAGCUGCCCCGCCCUCCACAGAAGAGGAGCCCUCGCAAUAGAGAUUCAUAUAAUUCCGACGAGUUAACAAUUUUAAUAUAAUAUAUGUUUAGAUAUCUAGAUAUAGUCAAAUUAUAAUAAUAUUUUGUUAAAUAAUAAAAUUAGGGACCUCCACUCUUCUGUUGCUCCAGGGCUUGAGACUAUAAGGUCCUUUGUGGUCUCAGGGCCUCAAGACUUGGUCCUGUCCGUGCACACGACCAACCUGCCGACAGGAAUAUCAUCCUCCAAACAAAAACUAAAAUUGCACUAUAAUCGCUAUUUUAUUCCGAGUAUAUUUACAUUGCAUUGUUUUUAUUUUUACAGGAUAUAGUUGUCGAUAUCGUUACUUCAUUGAAAUUGCUUUUAAUUUUCAUUGUAUAAGCCAUACAUAAUAUUACAUCACCUAUUCUGGCUUUCUAAAAUAUAUUUUAACUACCACAACAGAAUUUUAUUCAUAAUUACGAUGUUUCUGUACUAUUUAAGAAAGUGUUAUAUUUGACUUAAAUUCAUAAACAAUGAUUUUUUAGAAACCUCAUAUCCCAAUCUAGGGUUUGUCUAGCCUAGGUUAGUUGCCUACACUGCCUAAUGGAUAACCCGGUAUUGUCUGUAUAUUUAGAUAACAUGGCGUAAUUGUGCGGUUUUAGUUAUACAAAAGUCGUCGUGUGCACGAAGCUAUUAUUCGAAAUGAAUAAUAAACUACGACGUAUUAAGAUAGAUCUGUAUUUAGUAUGACUUUUAAGGUAAAUAACAAUAUAAAUGCAGUUACCAUAAACAUUAAUCAUAGAGUUAAUUUUCUAUUUAUAGUUCUUGUAUCAGGGAAUUACUUUAAAAAACUUUUCAAUUCCAUUAAAACCAUCAAUUUUCAGUCAAAAUAUCAAGUUUAAUAAGGUAAGUUAUAUUGUUAUCAAGCAAUUAUUAAAUUAAAUUAUUUUAUGACAAAUUUGUGAAUAAACGGUUUUAAAGAGAGCAUUCCAAGACGCGGUGUAAAUGAUUUGACCUACGAUUAUUGCAAUGGAACGAUUUUAUCAAUAAAAUGUAAAGAUUUCAAAUUUAAAAUUCGUGUAAAGUAGUUUUUGAUGUUAUUGUAUAAUUUUACACCGCAUAUGAAAUUAUUUUUAAAACUUAUCCUAUUUACAAAUGUAAAAUAAUAAUAUUUGUAACUAUAUUCAAAGGUUGGAUUAAAAUAAACAAAUCUUACCUAUAAAAAAAUCUAAGUGUUUUGCUAAUAGCUAUGCUUUGUUAUGCACAACAAACAGUUCUUGGUAAAUAUGUCUUUCUUUAUAAUAAAAUACUAUUCCAUUUGACUACUUAUCGUUCUGAUAAUAAUUUUGUUAUAAUACCAUAGAUAAUUUUAAAUCUCGACCAGUGAUGGCAAUUCUACGUCAAACUGUUUAUUUAUUUUGGCUCCCGCCAUUGGAAUCAGCUAUAAAUUCAAAAUUUAUUUUAAAAAUCGAUUCUUAUUAUAGUUGUUUAUAUUUAUUGAUACAGAUGAAGAAAGUUUAAUCAUAAUUUAUUUUUGACAUAGACUAAGUCUGCUCAAAGAGUCAGAUGAACUAUGUUUUCUAUGUAUAUAUAAUUUUUAAACUGAUAGUUACCAAUGUUUAAUUUUAUUUGUUAAAUAAUGUUAUGCAGUAGUAAAAAUGUAUCAGGUAUAAUGUAUGAUUUAAAUUAAUAUAAAUGAAAAAAUAAACUUAACUACCCUCUCAAAAAGUUACCUUACCUACAUGUUUUGUAAUCACUGAGUUCAUAUCUUAUAAAGAAAACUGACUAAACAUUUUGUUACUAAUAUAAUCCCUUCAAUUUGUGUAAAAUAAUAGUAUAUGUGAUUUUGAUUGUCUUUUUAAUAAUAAUGUAGUGUAAAACACUUAUUAAAUAAAUAUUUAUGCAAUGAA